AGUGUCAUUUGUCAAACAGAAACAAUUUUAUUUUGAAAACAUCGUAUUUGUUGAACUGCAAUUUAAGUUUCGCAAAAAAUGAAAUUCGAAUUGUUAGCUGUUAUUUUAAUCAGUGUGUGUAGGACUUGUCAUAGUGAUUUACAAGCUGGACCAGAUCCUUGGCAUUACCAAUCUGUUCAAGUACCAGGAAAAUUAAAUGAAAAUGAAUUACCGCCAGAUCUAAGAACACCUGUAAAGAAGGAAAGACCAACAGAAAGUACUUUGGCUUAUGGAGAGUGGUGGUUUAAAAGAUUACUUGCUAUAAUGCUAAAGAGUGGUCAAUAUAAGAAAAGUGAAGAUGGCAGUGUGGAUGUUUCACUUCAAAUGAGGUUUGAUUCAGAAAGGUGGGGUGUACUGGAUGAUUGUCUGAAGUCAGAGUCUACAUUGUCUGAUGACAAGUUCAGACGUACUGUGGGAUAUGUAGAAGAAGCUAUUUACAGGCCAACUAUUACCGAUCAAAUUGUUAUUGCUUGGAGUGAUUAUAUUCAAAUUUAUUUAGUGGAAUAUAAGAUCUAUAUUACUUUGCUACUUAGUGCCUUAGCUGCAGGUGGAGGGCUCAUUUGGCUGUGGAGGCACAUAUCUCACAAGCAUGUCAUCAUCAUUAUAUUUGUCCUGUUGUACUUUUAUGAAGCAUUUAUAUCUUACAAAGAAGCUGAACAGCAAGAGUUUGAAAAAUUUGUGUCAGCAGUGAACACUUGCAAAUGGUAUUUUUGGACAUCAGACUGCACGGUACCACCACCAGACCCUCUUCUGUUUAUAAAACAUAUGAAUCCUAUGAAAAUCGGCAUUCGAAUGUUUACAUCUUUGAUAUCUGAACCUAUUAUUGCUAUGAACUCUACCAUCAAAAUUAUACUCCAUGGAGUUACUGAUAGCCUAUGGUUUCCCUUCGAUAAAAUCGUAUACGGAUUUUCGAUACUAAUUGUAAAUAUCUCAUUGAUAUAUCUUUUAAUCAUGAUUGUAUUCAAUUUCAUAUUUAAUAUUCCAUUCCACUUAAAUUUCCUUGGUUUGGUGAGUAUUGGAGUUCGACAGAAUAGGAGCUCAAUGUUUUCUGCAAAUACAAAUGAACAACCAACACAAAUAAGGGAUACUGAUAGAAUAAGUGGAGAUCGAUUAGAUCGACUCUUGAAUGUUUGUUCACUAGCUCUUACAAAUGUUACUAGUACUCGAAGUAGAACCAACCUGCGAUUGACGAAUAACGACAACGUUCCAAGAUUGCAAAGAUCAGCCAGCACUGGUAGACUACCAAAUAGUUUUUCAGAAAAUAAUAAUGACCAGCUGGCUAUAAAAAGUAAUUUUAGAAAAAGGCAAAAUGCUGCACGUGGUGAUGGCGAUCAUUAAUGAUAGAAGGAAAAUGAGUACAUAUGAAACAUUUUGUAGAAGUUUGUGUUCUUUUACAGCCAUAACAAUAGAAGCCAUACGAGAUGACAAUUUUUAUUAACGUAAUGCAUGUCUCGUUCAAAGGAAAAAGUAACUAACUUAAAAACUAGAUUCCUUUUUUAUUCAUUCUGUUUUACAACAAGUAUUUUCGCUUACGUCACGUUAAUAAUAAGUAUGUGUAAUUUUGUACCCUCUAAUUAAAAAGGGGACAACCAAAAUAAAAUCGUAGAAACACAACUGCCAGUUAUAACUUCCACUUACAUUUAUUUAAUUGAUAAGUUGUUGGCAUAAAAAAGAUAAGACUCUUUUCAGUCAGAAUUCAUUACACAAUAUGAACAUGGUCUGGAUAAAAAAAAAAAAUGUUGUGUCCUUUUUAAUUACCACGGCAGUACUUAUCUAUUGCUAACAUGAGUUUUAUAAUGACUAAUACACUGUGAUAAUAAAUGUAAUUUUAAGGGUUAUAAUAACGUAAGUUAGCUUGGUGGCUAUUUGCCGCAAGUAUGGCUGGCUAGUCAAAAUAAUAAUCGAAUGGAUUUGUAUGGUGGUUUGGUUCCAAAAUCCGAGCUCAUGUUUUACGAUAUAAUUAUGUAUUGCACAAAUAAAUUAAGUAAUCUGCAAAAAAUCGCAUGUUAAGUAUGUAUGUUUUUUGCAUUUUAUUCCUUUUAUGUUUAAGCUCAUAGCUAUUGUUUAUUUUAAAACAUUUAAGAAAUCGAUUAUUCACGACUGGAUUUUAUACAUUGUGAGUUGAAAUAAAACAAAUAAAUUUG